CUGACGGGUGACCCCGGCCGGAAGUGCCCGGGGGGGCGGUGUGACGGUGACACCGGCGGGCCCUCAUGGUGAUGGCGGGGGUGAAGCGCGGCUCCCGCGGCUCCGGGGUCUCCAGGAAGAAGCGGCCCCGGGUCGGGGGCCCGGGCCCGGGGGUGGAGCCGGAGCCCCCCGGGGGAGGGGAGAACGUUGUUCCCCGGCCCGUGUCCAAGGGACAAUGGAAGAACAAGGAGCGAGUUUUGAUCUUCUCCUCCCGAGGAAUCAGCUACCGAGCCCGGCACUUGAUGCAGGAUCUGCGCACCCUCAUGCCCCACUCCAAACCCGACACCAAAAUGGAUCGAAAGGAUAAGCUGUUUGUGAUUAAUGAGAUCUGUGAAAUGAAGAACUGUAAUAAAUGCUUAUACUUCGAAGCAAAGAAGAAGCAAGACCUGUACAUGUGGAUCACCAAUGUUCCUCAUGGGCCAUCGGCCAAGUUUUUAAUCCAGAACAUUCACACCCUGGAUGAGCUGAAGUUGAGUGGGAACUGUCUGAAAGGUUCAAGGCCAUUACUGUCCUUCGAUCCGACAUUUGAUAAGGAAGCUCAUCAUAGACUCUUGAAAGAACUCUUCAUCCAGGUCUUUUCAACGCCUCGCUACCACCCAAAGAGCCAGCCAUUUGUUGAUCAUAUCUUCACAUUCACCAUCACCGAUAACAGGAUCUGGUUCAGGAAUUACCAGGUUAUUGAAGAAGAUGGAGCUCUGGUGGAAAUUGGACCGCGUUUUGUUCUAAACCUCAUUAAGAUAUUCCAGGGGAGUUUUGGAGGCCCGACACUCUAUGAAAAUCCCAAUUACCAGUCUCCGAACAUGCACCGGCGGAUGUUGAGACUGGCCACCGCGGCCAAGUUUCAGGAGAAGUAUCAGGCGAAGGAAUGGCAGCGGCUGCGCCCCACUGAGGAGUGGAUCGCUGUGCCUGAGGACCCCACCCACGCCGUCUUCGACACACCUGCCGAGAGGAAACCACCAGUCAUCCAACUACAGCCCCCUCCCGACCCACCACCGGACCCAAGGAGGAAAAAGCAGCUCUCCAAACGGCAGAAAGUAAGGCUCCGGCGAAAGGCUGCCCAUGCUCCCGGCUCGGGGUGACUCCCAGUGAACCCACACCCCGUCAGAGAGCUGGCAGCUCUGGUCAGUGUGGGACCAGCUCUCCAGUCUCCUCCUGCCCCCCUCCCUGGGCACCGGCACUAACCCCGGUCACAUCAGUCAGGUUUUCACAGCUGUUUGUUGAUACAUUUUGUUUUUGCAAUAAAAUAGUUUCCUGGUGAGAA